UAUAUGUAUAUAUUAGACAUGAACAAAAUAAAUAAAAACACGAUUUUAGCAUAACAAUGUCAACUCCCUCUGAUGAUACAUCUGUUCAAGUUGCUCUUCGGAUUCGUCCUCAAAAUGCUUCUGAGAAGAUUGAUUUAUGUCAUAUAUGUACAUCAGUUACCCCAGGUCAUCCUCAAGUUGUGCUGGGCAAAGAUAAAGCAUUUACCUAUGAUUUUGUCUUUGACUUAGAUUCUCAUCAGGAAGAUAUAUAUAAAGAAAUAGCAAAGCCUCUUAUUGAAGGAUGCUUUGAUGGAUAUAAUGCUACCAUACUGGCUUAUGGACAGACUGGUAGUGGAAAGACUUAUACAAUGGGAACUAGUUUUGAUGUUGGUAUUAGCGAAGAUCAGAUUGGCAUUAUCCCUAGAGCAGCAAAGCAUCUUUUUGAUGGAAUGCGCAAAAGAAAAGAAGAAGCUGAGAAAGCUGGUCGACCUUCUCCAGAAUUUACAGUUACAGCUCAAUUUCUUGAGCUUUACAAUGAAGAAAUAGUAGAUCUUUUGGAUAUUGAAAACAAAGGUAAAAAAUUAAUCAGAGUUCAUGAGGAUCAUAAUGGAAAUAUAUAUUUAACAGGUGUUGUUGCAAGACCUGUAACUGCUGCUGAAACAUGUAUGACACUGUUAGAAGAAGGUGCUAUUUCUCGGUCUACAGCUGCAACAAUGAUGAAUGCAACAUCGUCAAGGUCUCAUGCUAUAUUUACACUUUUCAUUAAGCAUCACAGAAUUUCACAAUCGGAUGAAGGUGAAGAGUUUGAAACGCUCAAUGCAAAAUUUAAUUUUGUUGACCUGGCUGGAUCAGAAAGAUUAAAAAGAACUGGAGCUACUGGUGAUCGUGCAAAAGAAGGAAUCUCUAUUAAUCAAGGACUACUAUCACUAGGUAAUGUUAUAAGUGCUCUUGGUGACAAAACUAAACGUGGAUCUCAUGUGCCUUACAGAGACUCAAAACUUACAAGGUUGCUACAAGACUCACUGGGUGGUAACAGUCGAACUCUGAUGAUUGCCUGCUGCAGCCCCUCAGAUCGUGAUUUCAUGGAAACACUUAAUACACUCAAAUAUGCAAACAGAGCUAGAAACAUAAAAAAUAAGGUAAUUGUUAAUCAAGACAAGGCCAGCAAACAAAUUGCUUUGCUGCGACAAGAGAUUCAGCAAAUAACAUUAGAACUAAUGGAGUAUAAACAAGGUAAGCGCGUUGCAGAUGGAUCAGGAGAACAUAUGUCAGAUACUUUUCAAGAGCUUAACAUGCUGAGAUCUGAAAAUGAAACACUUCGUAUGCGCGUAAAAGCAUUGCAAAAGAACAUCGAAUCUAAAUCUAUACAACUUACUGAGUUAAAAAUAUCUUCAGUUCUUGCAAAUUUAACAGAUGAAGAAAAAACUACAUUUGAAGAUAUGGUUACCUCCUAUGAAACAAAGAUACAGGAACUAACUACAAAGUUGGCAGAAAGUGAAGAAUUAUCAAGUGUAGCAAUAAGACGUGCUCAAAAUGUCAGUCGGGCUGCGAUGUCGCCUGGUACAUGCCAAGAAGAUGAGCAAUUGGUUUCAUUUAUAGAUGCUGCAAAAGAUCACUUAAGAGCAGAAAAAAAUAAAAAAAAGCAUAUGAAAAAAGUUAAGAAAGAAAUUUUAUUUGAAGAUUCUAAAGAAAAGUCAAGUCCAGAGAGUGGAGUUGUUAUGAAUAGCGAUGAGAAUGAUGAGGAUGAAAAUGAAGAGAAAAAUGAAAACAACAUGGUGAUUGAAAUAAAUGAGUGUCAUAUUGAUGAAGAAGAUUCUCACAAUGAAGAAGAAGAUGAUGAUAUAGCAUCCAAUACAGAUUCUGACAACGAAGAUGCUUUAAAUCAAUCUUUAAAAAAUGAAGAAGCGAUGCAGAACAACAUUAAUGAUUUAGACACUGAUAUUACAAUUAAGCAAAAGCUCAUUGACGAACUUGAGCACAGCCAGCAGCGAUUAACAGCACUUAAACAACAAUAUGAACAAAAAAUGAUUUUGCUUCAAAAUAAGAUUAAAGAAACAGAAUCAGAGCGUGAUAAGGUUCUAAAAAGCAUUGGAAAUGUUGAUCAGCUUGCACGUUCAAAAUCAGAUGAAGUUCGUAAACAAUAUGAAAAAAAGUUAAUUGCCAUGCAAAAAGAACUGUCCAAGUUACAAAACUCUAAAAGGGAACAUCAAAGACUUUUAAAAGCUAAAGAACAAAAUGAGCAGCAGUUAAAGUUGAUGCGAGAUGAGUUAAAUGAUAUGAAGCGAACCAAAGUUAAAUUAAUGCGUGCAAUGCGCGAUGAGAGCACAAGAAAUAAAAAAAUGGAAAGUAAAUUCAAUCAACAAAUGGAAACUAUGCUCAAGGAGAACAGAAAAAAAGAAUAUGAACUUAAAAAAAUGAAAGAUGACAAGAAACAAAGAGAUCUUAUAUUGAAGCGUAAGCAAGAAGAGCUUAAUGCAAUGAGAAAACAAGUAAAACCAGUUUCAGGUAAAGUACAGAGUUCUGGUCAGACACGUCCUAAUUCUCUUCAGACUCAAUUCCAAUCUGCAACAAACUUAAAUACAACAUUUUUGGUUGAAACAAUAGCAGCAUCGAUUCCAGAAACACCUCCGCCUGUUUUACAUGAUCCAAGCAGAUUUGAGUCUCCAUCUAAAAGUUUGCGAUCACCUGCUGUAUCCAAGAAAGCUAAACAGAAAUGGGAAAUAUUAGAAAGAAAAUUAACUGACUUGGCUAUUCGAAUGAAAAAUGUAGCACAAAUGGAAAAUGAUAUGGAAAGAUGGCUGGCAGAGCGAGAUAGAGUAAGUAAACAACUUGAUGCAGCAAGACGUAGAAAAGAAAUUGCAGAGAAAAAGAACAAUUUGGAAGACAUUAAAGAUUUAAACAGUCAACUGGAAGGUUUAGAAGCUCAUCUGGAUUAUAUUCAAGAGCAUGUUACAGAGAGCCAAGGAACAAUAAUGGGAAUGGAGGAUGAAGGAGAGGGAAUUAAUACUGCAGAUGUCAUCAACACAUGCACGUUAACAGAAUCUAAGUAUUUAUUGGAACAUUUUUAUAGCAAGUCUGUUGAAAUGGCGCAAGAAUUAGCAAACAAGGAUGCAGCAUACAAAGAAAUUCAAAUUAAAUUAGAAGCAAUGGAAAAACAUUGUGAGGUACAACAACAGUUACUUCAACAUGCUUGUAAUCUUGAACAUGGAGGAGAUAUUCUAGAUGCUGAUGAUAUAGAAGAACCUUUACCUGAUUUUAAUGUAACAACUACACGAAAAUCUCGUAGAAAAACUGCUUUACCAGAGGAACUAUUACAUCCCAAAGAAAAGAAACCGGAGAAUAAAAAUGAUACAGAAGAAAAUAAAGAAAACAUACAAACUAUAGAUAGAAAAAAAGAAAUAGCAGAAACUUUUCAAUUAGAUGAAAAAACUUUACAAAAACUUGUUGAAUUAGAAAAGUCAUUAAAAGAUAAAAAAAAGAUGCCUCCGCCACCAGCUCCAACUCAAUUAAAUUCGCAAAUGCGCUCAGGUUCACUAUCAGAAAGUAUUGAUGAUGAUUUUGGUUCUGUGGGGAAUUUUUCAAGAAACACAAAAAUUUCAAAAUCUGCUCGUCCUUUUGUGAAAUCAUCGUCAACUAGUAAUUUGAAAGCUGCUGUUGCCAAAAGACCAUCCUCAACUCGUGGUUCACCCAUCAAUGAAAGAAAAAUUAUUGGAGAUGCAACGCCAUCAAGUCUUUUGGAAUCAGAAUCAAAUGAUGUUUUUAAAAGACUAACAAGCAAUCUACCCACAGAGGGUGACCCUGACCUUGGACAGAUUCUUCCAUCUAAAGUAUCUCAAGGAAAACCAGAAGUAUUAGUUUGUAUGUAUACUGCUACUGGUCACAAUAAUGCAGUACUAUCAUUAGAUGUUCAAGAUAAUCUCAUGGUGUCUGGUUCUAAAGAUCGAACAGCAAAAGUAUGGGAUCUAACACAAAAUGAAGAAAUUUUGUCAUUAAAUCAGCAUAAACGAGAUGUAGUCGUUGUCAAAUUUUCUCCUUUACGAAAUGUUAUCUUUACUGUCUAUCAAUCAACAAUCAAGCUUUGGGAUCUUAGGAAAGGUUCAGUGAUAAAAACAUUGGGUAGUGGAUUAUUACAGUCAAUGAGUGAUGCUAGCAUUAUGGAUCUAGGUUUGAAUUCCCAGGGUACUGUCUUGUAUUCUGCUAUUGGAAACAUUGUCAAAAUGAUCGACUUACGCACAUAUAGCACUAUUGGUAAAUUGACUGGACAUACUGGAGCUGUUACAUGUUUGUUAGUAGCAGAAACAGGUCAUAAUCAUGACAAUAUUAUCACUGGUUCAAAAGAUCACUCUAUUAAAAUUUUUGAAGUAGUGGAUGAUGUUUCAUCAAGCCAAAUGCCUCGUCAAAAUUUGGAGCCACCUCAUUAUGAUGGUGUACAAUCACUUGCAAUGAAAGAUAAAUAUUUGUUUAGCGGAUCACGAGACAAUACAAUAAAGCGUUGGAAUUUCACUAACCAUCGUUUAGAAGAGCAUCUUACAGCAGCACAUAAAGAUUGGGUUACAGCUUUAAAUUUUAUACCAAAUGAAAAUAUACUUAUUAGUUCUGAUAGAAGAGGCGUUGUAAAAUUAUGGAAUGCAAACACUUGUAAAUUAGCAGGUGAAAUGCUGGCUCAUGGAAAAAGCAUAAAUGCCAUCAAGUGUGAUGAAUCUCGGAUUUUUACAGCAUCUAGCGAUCGAUUAAUUCGAAUCUGGAAACCUUCACCUGUACUAUUGGAGGAUUUAUCUUCGAAAGAAGAACAAGAACGGGCAUCUUGACCGCACAUAUAUGUUACAUAUGUGUUUUUAAUUUGAACAAAAUAGCUCUACAAGACACUUACUCAAAAUGUUUGUAAAAUUCGAUUCGUGAAAAACCCCGGAAUGCAGCUCAAACUUUUAAAGUCGCUGUUUAAUUUAUAUGUUUCCAAGUUUUUCAAAAUUUGUUUCAAAAUUUUUGAGAAUUUAUAGUAUUGCUUAUUUAUUAAACUUUUUUAAGAACUUUCACGUUUGGUGUUUUCUCGCAAAUUUUUUAAAGGUUUUAUUUGCGGUUUUAUACAGUUUUGAAAAAAUUUGGCUGCAUGUUUCAUAUCUUUUAUAUUCGAUUAAAAAAUUCUUCACAAAAAAUAUUAUGAAUGUAUCGUAACUCUAUUCAUAGUGUUUGUUUUUUUGUUUUUGUUUUUUUUGUUUUGUUUUUUUCAUUUGAUUUGUCUACGAAUAUUAGGAAAAUGUUUAUAUUUUGUAAGUUUUAUGUUUUAUAGAAUAAAUUUAUUUUUAAUCGAUAAAAUAUUAACAAGAGAACUCGAGCUUUUGUAAAAUUUAAAGCUUUAGAAAUUUUUUUGAAAAUUUAAAGCUUUUGUAAAUAUGUGAACAGUUAUUUAAAA